AUGAAUGCAAAAGAUGCAGCACCCCAAGCUGUUGAGUCAGCUGUAGAAUCGCCCAUAAUUAAUGCUCCACAAGAGGCUUCAACUCAAGGAGAGAUGACAACAAAUAUCAGUCAAGUUUCUGAGCUGUCUUCAGCAAACCUCUCAGAAGUCAUUCCAUUUUAUGAGGAUGUUGCUUCUGCCUCUGAAAAAAAUGCUGGAGAAACUAGUGAUGGAAGAGUUUACAUGCCUGAUGUUAUGGUGACUUCCAAAGUUAUGGCAACUCCUGAAGUUUCAUCUGCACAUGAGAACAGUCAGGAGCCUUUUGAUGUUUCAGAAGUGGUUGCAAUGACCAGUGCAUCAACUUUUAUAAACAUUGCACAGUACUCUUCACAGUCUCAGUUCACUCAGUCUCAAGAUUUUCUAGCUCCCACUUGGUCUUCAAAUGUCAAAGCAGACAAACCAUCUUCUGGCCAAGAGAUCAUAGAUCAGGCAGUUGGGUCUUUUCCAGAGGGCACAGCUGACUCCAUACUAGAUAUUGCCAGUGCUGAAGCUGUGGCAGUUACUUCUGGAGAAGUUCCAACCCUUCGAGACGUUUGCCAUGAAGAAGCCAUUCAGGUCUUUGACCCCAUGCCUGAAGUCUCUUCACCUCAAUCAACUGAGGAUCUUCCUGUUGUUGAGACCACAUCUGCCUCUCUAAGUAAAGCCGUGAAGGUAGAUCCUCUGUCAGAAAUGGCUGGUGAUGCUCAGCGAUCCAUCAGUCUGAAGGACCCAAUUCUAGUGCAAACUGAUGUUUUAGAGGAAGAGGAUCAGACAGAGGCAGCUGAGGAGUUGACUGAGGAACAACUGGAUUCAAUACAGAGACUCUUUCUCGACAAGCUAAGGGAAUACUCUACAAAGAGCCAAGCCUCUGGUGGCCCUGUAGAUGCUGGACCAGAAUAUGAGAAAGCUUUAAGUGAAGAACUAACCAAACUCCAGAGACUCUAUGGGAGUGGAGACUUAACCAAGUUCCCAGAAUUUAAGUUCUCUGAGCCUGUACUGGAUGAAAGCAGCUCAAAAUGAAAAGCACACCAUGACAUUGUCAUAGAAGUAUGUCAUUUAUGAUAUGUUUUAAGAGGCACUAAUAUUUGAUUAUAAAUAGCUAAAUUAUUUGCGGUUACAGACCUA